GAAUCUUCUCAAACAGAUCCAGACUUGAUAGCUGUGGGAAGAAUAAGAUAAGGACGUUACUCCAAUCUCUGGCGAUAUCAUCAAUCAAGUUCUAAAGAGUGGACCAUGACCGAAGGCACUACCACUACCGAGACCAAGAAUCCAAUUCCCGUGACGGAACAGUACAAUCUCAAGACGGACGAUGAUGACAUACCAAAGUCGGAACAAGCCGGUACCGGUCGUCAAGGCCGGGUCUAUUCGACGGCAUACAGUCAAAAACCGGGAGGGCUCCAAGUGGAAGACAUGAUUUUUGGUUUGAAAAUGGCGCAUCUCUCUUGUACCGAUGACACGGAAGGGAGACUCGCAUCUCCAGGACCAAAUACGUUGGCGGCCGUCGAACACAUUGUCGGCAAGGAAGAUGCCAAAAAGCCACUCAGUGAAUUGCUAAAGAAGCAUUUUAAUUUCAACAUGGAUUGUUGGAUUGAUGAAAGUGGAUGGCGCCAUGCACGGGCGGUGGAUACGCAGGGGUAUAUUGCGUCCAAUGAAGAUACCAUUGUUCUGAGUUAUCGAUUUACAACGUCCAACAUGGACUGGAUGACCAAUCUCAGCAUGACCACAUCCGAGUGGGAGCCAGACCGCGAUGAACUGAUUGGUCAUGCCGGAUGGUGUUCCUGUGUCGAUGGACUCUACACCAAAUACUUUACAGAACGCGGCAAACCACGAAUCCACACGGGAUUUUACAACAACUUUGUCUACACCAUACCCAUGAUCCGAAAGUACGUGCUGGAACCACUCCUCAAAUCCGAUGCUACACCCAAAAAGGUUUACGUUGUGGGAUGCAGUUUGGGUGCUGCCAUUGCCACCUGUGCCUUUUGCUUUAUCCUGCAAGAAAUGCAACCUUCCUUGGAAAAACCAGACUUUUGCAAUCACAAACUCAUCAAUGUCACGGCCGGAUCACCUCGUGUCUGUAGCAAGCAAAUGAGAGAUCAAGUCAUGGAACGCAUGGCCAAAUUGCGACCACUGGAUCGAGCCGUCAUUUGUCGCAUGGUCUAUAAUCACGAUGUCGUACCGCACAUGCCUCCGAAUGCCAUUGGAUUUGUGCAUCUCGACAAGCUCGUUUACAUUCCGAUCGACGGACACGACAUUCUCAUCAAUCCACACAUGAAAGAAACCAAGAGCAUGGCAGAAGUCAAAACCAUUGUCAGCAAUUUCCGGGCGGCAAACAAUGCCAGCCAUCCCGUACCCGACAGUGAAGAUCAUCACCCCGAUGAUGAUAUCAAGACACGAUUUGAAGAGGAAUGCGAAAAGACGCCCGAACCCAUCAAAGAUCACAUGCCUUACUGGUACCUGACAUGUCUGGAAAGACUCAAACAGCGAGCCGAUGCGGGGGAUGUGUAA